AUGGCUGACGACGUCGACGCCGAGCGAGACGCCCCGUCGACGUCGUCCGACGACGUCCAGUGCCUCGCCUACAUCGCUCGCGCGCCGUUUCAUCCACAAAAACUCGCCACGGUGCUUCGAGACAACUUUGACCGACUCUCUCUGGGGGAUGAAGACGACGUUUUCGACGCGAACGCGGACGAGUAUCCGCGAGCGCGCGCGGGAAGCCUCGCGCGCGCGUUCGAUGGCGUCGAGCGCGCGACCGGGGUCGUGUGGAUCGCGUCGAGACCGAGGACGUGUGGGCGUUUUCUGUACUCGGGCGACUCGGACGCGAACGCCGACGAAGACGCGUCGAGCGGCGCAGACGAAGCGUCGUCAUCGCGUUCGACGUGCGUCAUCGUCGCGUGCGCGGGGGCGUGGGAUGUAGGCGCGAGAGGGGCGUGCGACUCGGCGCGCGACGCGGACGCGCGAGCGCGCGCGUUCGCGGGCGGCGACCGCCGGCAGCACGUCGUGUUCGAGGGACGCGGCUUUGACGCGGCAAAGAUAAAGACGUGUCUAGACGCGUGUUUGCUCACCGAAGCCGAAGAUUCGGACGAGAUCAAUCGCGCGAGUGAGAUGGAGUAUUACUGCGGAUCGACGUGGCCGUCGGUGAGCGAGGUCAUGGAGGACGCGGGCGUCGCCGUCGUGGACGCCGAACAGAAAUGCAAGGUAUAUUAUCCACAGCAGACCGAAAGAAAGAGGCGAGGACACGAUGAAGAGUCGGCAGCGACAUCGGUGGAAGCGAUGAAAACAACGGAUGACGCGGCGCCGUCUUCAUCUCAGUAUUUUCUCGGUGGCGCUGUCGGAAUUAUCGAACGAGAGGCGUUUCGUCCUUCAGCCGAUUCAGCCGCCACGAAAGUGUUCCCGAACGGCCUUACGGGGCAUUAUUUUCCGGAUAUGCCGUGCUUAGAGUGUGGCUCGCCUUGGUGGUUUGGCGAGGAUUGGGAUUCGAAGUGUUCGAACUGCGGUGCGGACGAUCGUACCUACGGAUCCGACCAACGUCCGAUUCGAUCGCGUCGUCGCACGUACGAGGCUUUCGUCGCUGAGUUACGACGUUUGGCGCUGUAA